AUGAAGUUCAAUUUAUCUUUGUUGAGACUAAUUUUGAUUUUUGUUGCUGCUUGCUAUGCUAAGAACGUGGCAAAGAUAUCUAUUGAUGAUUCCGCCAUUUUGAACUUAGAGGACAAGAAUAAUGGUGAAGAUCUUGAGGGAAGGGAUGUGAAAAACGUUGAGAGUAUUAACACCAUUUUAGGUGAUUCCACCCUUCUGAAAAGGGAUGCCAAGAACAUAUUAGACACUGUAACUUUUGUUGUCGACGAAGAUUCAUUAAAGGAGAACAAUUUAAGGAAAAGGGCACCGAAAAACAUUGCUCAUUUAAACCUAAUGAUAGAUGAAGCAGAUCUUAAACAAUCAGAUAAACUAAUGAAACGAACAUCAAAGAAUGUGGUAAAUUUGGAUUUGAUGGUUGAUGAAGAUCUUCUGCUUUCGAAGCUAGUCAAAAGACACUCCGAAAAUAGGGAACCGUUAGGGCUAGACAUCGAUGUUAACGAUUUUAACACAAGAUUUUUUGUGAAAGAUGACAAGAAGUUUACCGAAAUUACAAUUUUGGUAAAGAAUUCAGAUCUUCCUUCCAAUUUAAUCAGUGAUUACCGAAACAAGGAAGGAAAACAUGCAAUACUUGUUGACAUUCCGGAAGAGAUUACAUCUACUUUAUCAUCAGGAUCGCAUCAACUAAUGAUGAAUGUCAAAUCGAUAAAGAAAAUUGUUCAAAGAAAAUUGAAAUCUAUAGUUAUACCAGAGAUGGGUGAUAUAUAUGACGAAACCAAUAAUUUGAAGUACACAUUGAUGCCUUCGGUUAAAUCUGGCACAUUGGCUACUGCUCUUGACCAGGAAGGUGACAUUAGUAUAUUUGCAACAUAUAUUCGUGAUCUUACCGAUAUAUACAGUAUGUGCAAUUCGGUGGAUAAAUUCAAUAUCAAUGCUGCCAAUGAUGCAGAAAAAAUGCUUUUAUUAUUUGCACCUACAAAUAAAGCCAUGAUUGACUUGAGUGCUAAGCCUUGGGAAUUUCCAGAGAGUAUUACGAAUGAUGAUGAAAGUGUUGUAAGAAAUAAUAUCAGACAUUUUGUCGAAUCUCAUAUAGCAAAGGCUUCUACUAAAUCUUUUAACACUGAAAAGACAGUCCAACUUGUUUCUCUUAAUGAUAACAAAAUUAUUCUUAAAAAUACAGACACAGGCUUUAAGUAUCGUCUUUCGGAUUCAACAGAGUGGAUUCCAAUUAAUAGUAUUGAUGUUUUGGAUAAUGGUGCCCUACUUUCAGUUCCAAAAGUGAUGUCCUGGCCAGGAAAGGUACAAGAUUAA